UGUAUUCUGUCGUGAAGCUAUUAGCGGUAUCAAGUUUUUAUCAGCGCUGUAACUGAGAGAUAAAGGUCGUCGAGAGGCCAUUAAAGCCAUUAACGAUAUCACUUGAUCAAACUGGGAGCAAAGAUGUUGCACAGCUAUCGAACGAGAUCGCGUUUUACGGAACGCGAAAAAAGAACUGCGACGCGUGCAAUCGACCUUAGACCACCGAGUGCAAUGCCAAGUGGAAUGCCAGAUGCGCGUUUCAUUCAGCUGGAUUUACGUAAGUAUGACACAGGAGAAUGCGCGACACGCGCACGUAUGCACAGCCAUCCAUCGCGCCUGUCGAGUCGCGCUGUCGUGCACAACGCGCAAAACGUGCUCCGAAGGAGAGAAACGUGAACGCGCGUCGCGAUCGCGAUUUUCGUCUCACGGCAAAAUCACGUGUGAUAACACGUUAUUAUCAGAUUCGUGACCGCGAGUCCGAUCGACACCGGCGCGCGUUGCCGAGAUUGCGAGUCGCGCGCCGAAGCGGUCGCAUCCGCGAUCUCGCCUCGCACGCACGUCACGCAUCUCGCGUCUCUCCCCUCUGCUCCGCGCACUUCGGAAAGUACGCGACGAGGAUACCGUACGACGUGCUCCAGCAGUCGUACAGGCAGUGCCGUAUCGCGUCUCGUGGACCUUGGAGAAUCUUGGCGAGCACGGAUUCAUACCGAGCGGCAUUCCGCAUCGUGCGUAAACAGAGCGUAUAGCCAAGAAGAAGACUUGGUUUACAUACUUGAUUUACACACACUGUGGACGGGACAGUUCCUGAUGACUAUCGGCUUGUGUUCGACUCAUUACGCCAGUCGCUAACGAGUUCUCGUUUACGACUCUAGUCUCCAAUCGAAGAAGUUACGGGAUCGUCACACGGAAAACGUGUAAUUGGGCCAAAUGGAUCGAGCGAGAGGACGAAUCUCGAUGGGUAAUUGCCGUUCCAGAAAGCUCGGCGUUUGCGUGAGCGUGGUUAUACUCGGAACCCUCAUCGCUUGCACAAUGUUAGCGUACACAGCAUUCGCAUCUCCGAUUAAACAUAACACGUUACAGCAGGUGGUUUUUGUAAGUAGCACGUUUGUAACAGUUGGCCCGUCACCCUGUCAUUCCGCUCCCGCACAUGCCGCGCGUUUGAUAAAUGUGAAGGCACCAUGCCCGAAGCUAAAGGAAGCUUUAAAACAAGCGUAUAUAGAUGAAGAUAAAAAGUCCGGCAAGAAAAUGGCUGAGUAUUAUAAGGAAUUGAUGAAGCAUACUGGACAGAAUAUGAGCACGAUCACCGACGUCGAGUUCCUUUACAACACUCUCGAAAUCGAGGAGAAACACGGUUUAGAACUUCCGGAAUGGACGCGGAAAUUUUACAACAACGAGAUGCGCGAAAUAGCCGCUCGCAGCUUGGCGAUUUUCACCGAAGGCACUAUUCAGAAACGUCUUCGUGGAGGUCCGCUGCUGAAAGAGAUUUUAUAUAACAUGGAACAGAAUAAAAAUGGUUCGAAACGGUCUUACUUUUAUUCUGCUCACGACAUAACUCUCGUCAAUGUGCUAAGAACGAUGGGAUUUACGAAUGAGCUUCUUAAACCCGAUUAUGGGGCGACGUUGAUAUUGGAGCUAUAUCUCACCAAUAAUGGAGCCGAUUAUGAAGUUAAGACGUUGUACUUGAACAAUACGGAAACAGAAAAUGCUCAUAUUUUGGAAAUUCCUAAUUGUGGGAAUCCUUGUCUACUCCACAAUCUGAAGACAACAUGGCAAGAUGUGAUUCCGGAUAAUUGGGACGAGGAAUGUAAAAUGAAUAAUCUUAGCUUAACUGCUGUAUUCGAUUAAUAUCCACUUGUAUGUUUAUAGUUUUAUGUCAGAUUAUUACUAUAUAUAUUAUGCAUAUAAAGUGAACAAAAGGCAUAAUGUUAAUUCUGCUUAAUGUAACUUGUAUGUAAUCCUAAGAUUAAUAUUUAAGUCAGUUUUGAUGUAAGAACGAUUAUUGUAAGUCGUGUUAAGUCUUGGCAACAAAUUGUAAAUGCACUUUUAUGCACUUAUAUUUGAAUAUUAUUCUGAUAAUGAUAUGCAUAUAACAGACUAGGUAGCAAGCUGACGAUAUUUGUUAUCAUUUUGACGACAUAAAUCAUAUCGAAGUUAUA